CCUACCCUAUCAUCCUCUUCUCCUCCUUCUCUUCUCCUCCUCCUGUCCUCCUCCAGAUAUCUCCUCCUCCGCUUUCUUCAUCAGGUUCACUGCGUGGUUGAAGUUCAGCGUGUCGUGUGUUAAGAUCACAGUGAAGUCUCUUGGUGGUUGGUGUGUAGUUAGUGGAGGAAAUCAUGGCUGAUGUGAAGUCGUUCUAUGAUAUCACAGCGAAGACUCUGGCAGGAGCGGAGUUCAGGUUUUCUUCUCUACAGGGUAAAGUUGUUCUCAUCGAGAAUGUGGCGUCUCUCUGAGGCACGACCACCAGGGAUUACACCCAGAUGAACGAGCUCCAUCAGCGGUUCUCCGACAAGGGGCUCGUGGUUCUGGGAGUGCCCUGCAAUCAGUUCGGGCAUCAGGAAAACUGCACUAACGAAGAGAUCCUGAUGUCCUUAAAAUAUGUCCGUCCUGGAAACAGCUUCGAACCCAAGUUCCAGUUGCUGGAGAAGGUUGAUGUGAAUGGAAAAGAUGCUCACCCUCUCUUCGUCUUCCUCAAAGAGAAGCUGCCAUUUCCCAGUGAUGAACCAGUGGCCUUCAUGGGUGACCCAAAAUGCAUCAUCUGGAGUCCCGUCUGCAGGAAUGACAUUUCCUGGAAUUUUGAGAAGUUCCUCAUUGGACCAGAUGGGGUCCCUUUCAAGCGCUACAGCAGAAGAUACCUGACCAGCAACAUUGAUGGGGACAUAAAGAAGCUUUUGAACAUUGCCAGUUAAAGUGUCUCCUCCUUUUGUAGCUGGUUGUGCCCUUACUGGGCCCAGUGCUCCUGUAUUGGGAUGCUUACUGAAUGAAGAUGCCCUUUUAAACAUUAUGUGGGGGGUUUCAGAUACUGUGUAAGAGUCCUAACUGAACAGUUGCAUUGGGUCCAUUUAUGGCACAACAAGCCUUUUCAGGAUCAGUAAAUAAAGGUUUACUCUUCAGUC